AUGUGUUACAUCUUCUCUUACGCCUCGUGGGUCGAGUUUUCUGGAGAGGAUUGUUAUUUUCUGCGGCAAAAUGAUCUUCAACCUAUCGACAGAGAUCCGAAAGGUAUUGCCAUAUUCAAGAAGAACCGCAGUCAAAUUGCGCGUUAUUUGCCAAAUGAAGUAUGUCCGCCGACUUUGCUCAACGAAAUCGAAGGUGUACUAAAGAAUUCCGCCCUUGAUCUUACGAAGCUUCGUUCAUACCUUGAGUCCAGAUGGAACCGGAUAACCGCCAAGAAUACCCAACAAUCAAGCUCUCUUGAGGCACUGGCUUUCGCUACUGGGCUAUAUGAAUCUCUCGAAGGCUGUACUGUGAAUAUUGAAGUAGUGAAGGAGCCGCUCUAUAAAUAUGUAUGGGCUCAGAAAGUUGCCAAUCCUCGUCGCUCACAGCAUGUGAAACAGCCGUUAUUACGGGCGGUAGGAUCCCGUGGGAUGCUGCCAAAAUUAACAGCGCCAUACAACCCGAUUCUCGGCGAUACAAUGGAUGAAGGCUCUACUAUAAGUAAUGAAGCUGCAACGCCGGUAUCUGAGAAUGAAGUACCAAAUGUGGCAUCCAACUCGCGGCCCUUGCUGCCGACUGAAUACGAUCCGAGCCAACUCGCAGAAUCAUUUGCUUGCAUUACCACAUUUGAAACCGGGGAGUUUAAUAUUAAUCCAGAAUCUCUACAGGGUAUCCAUCGGAAAUCCACAUUUAGACAUCCCAUUCGCAGAGUCUUUGGGAACCUUGGGCGUCCCGAGAUAGCGUUUCUUAUCCCACCGUCGAGUCCUAAGCUGAAAGACUACGACCUGAAGUCCUGGCACCUAAUCAAUCAUACGCCUUUCAACGGGACCUUAGAGGACAACUUUUCCAGCACGUCGUUACACUUAUCUUUUACUGAUUUCGAAAUGCCUGUAGAUAUUGGUGUUAGAGGCUUGCGUGACACAUUGGUUGUUCUUAUUGAGUCUUUGGUCUCUGUCAACGAUAAGGGCACACACAUCGGCGAUCUCGAUAUCAUGUCAAUGCUAAGAAGCGAUUAUAUAACGCUUUUCAGGACUUGCUAUUACCCAUGGGCGGUAGGCACACAGACGAGUCUUGAGAGUCUCAUCUCUAUCGAUUCCUGGGACGAGUUUCUCGAUCUCCCGGGGUCUCCUAGCAUAGUCCGAGCCUAUGGAAAUUGGCAAGCCCGAUUGGCGAUUGCUACGGCGAGUGUACAGCGAAAGAAGCACACUCUCGUCCUCCCGCAGGAAUCCUGUCUCCAAUGUAUCCAAACUGGUAUCGCCGCCUCCAAAUUUGAUGUUAUUAUUGCUUGAAAGAGAUAUAUAGCGUCGGAAUCAACAACCAAAUAAAUCUCGAUCUAGCUAACAUAGAAGCACCCUGUCGACUAAGCGCACCACCUGCUUAGCAUCUCAAUUAUUGACAUCGAAGACAUCAGCCAGCCUUUGGAGUAGAAAAGAGACGAACAGACAGACAGACAAAUUGACUGAGAGAGAGAGAGAUGACGACAAAAACGUAGAGAGUAUAUCAGCAUAGUUCUAGCUCACUAUAAUAUCAAGUGUAUCAGAUACGUAAAGUAGAGCAGACAAACAUAUAUAUAUAUAUAUAUGUAAAUGGGGGGAUCCAAUCAACAGAACCAACCAAGCAAGCAAAACUUAAAGCACAGAAGUGAUUUCUUCGCAGCUCACUGUAUACCCAACCUGCUCGUCCUCAUUUGAUCACCGGAAUACCCGCAAUCAUCAUUAGGUGCAUGCAAGGGGUUUAUGUUUCGCUCACUUGCUCUCUUUCCCCUGAAGCAAAGUCAAAAAAAGCUAUUCACAUCCAAAAGUCUGAUUAUAUCUUCUUGUCUAAAUUAUACCACCAUCACAACAACAAAAUGCGUUUUCUCCCCAUGAAGCAAGCAUACAUACAUGUGGCGCAAUACCAGCCAGCCAGCCAGUCAUAAAUAAAUGAAUUGAUUGAUUGAUUGAUUGAUUGAUUUGAUGCAUGUGAGCAUACAGGCCAGACCUUUAGAAGUUUUCUUUGCCCCAGACAAAUGAGAAACUAAAUAGGAGGGUUAAGUUA